CGCAUGCUCAGUGGUAUGGCAGCUUGUAGUUCCGUAGACAUUUGAGUAGAGAGCACUCAUGGUAGCUUUGUGGUGGGAAAAAAAUGCCUUUUUUUUCUAUUCGCUGAAACUAUAGUCUUGACGAAAAUGUUUCUUAUCUGACUUCUAGUUUUUCGUUUUGUUUUUACAAAUGUAGCAAACAGGCGCAACCCAUCGUUCUGUUUCCAUUGCUUGGAAGUUUGCGUUUGCACCGCUAGUAAUCGUGUUCGUUAAAUAUACAGCAUUGCUCAUUCCAAAUCAGACGGAUCGCUCGCUUUAUGAAAUUCCCUUCCUAUCUAUUGGGCAUUUAUUGUGUCUCUGUCGAUUUAUUUUCCCGAGUAAAAUAAUGUAAGGCAUCGCUGCCUUUGGGCAUAAUGGACAGAGACUUGUUGAGGCAGUGUCUGACGUAUCACGGCGAAUCAUUGUUCAACACCUUGAAAUGCGAACAAACCGAGAACCCCGACUUUCAAGCGGUGGUGGCUGACCUGUGCAAGGCUCCGUAUGAGAGAAAUGGCGAAGAGCAGAGCAGCCCCCUUGUGGAGCAGUUCAUUGCUCGCAAGGCUGACAUUCUUUUCAGUCCGUCAUGGAAGACUGCAACUCCGAAAGAAGAAGAAGAAGAAGAAGGAGGAGGAGGAGGAGGACAGGAAGAGGCGGCAGAGGCUUAUGCUCUCAUGCCACCGCUGGAGUUAUUCAUGGAGGUGCCUUUUGAGGAGAGAAGGGCUAUGCUUUACCGGGAUUUAGAACCCGGAGACAUUGUGAUGGGGAGAAUCAACAAUGUUCGCGAAUACGGCUUCUUUCUCACGCUCAUUUGCACGGCAGGAGGACUGAACAGAGACAUCGAAGACCUGGAGUUGUCCGCUCUUUGUCACAUUAAAGAAAUCCCUUCAACCGGUAGCCAUGACGAUCCUUUGUCCUACUACCAGAUUGGCGACUUAAUCCGAGCUGGUGUGAAAGACAUUGACCGCUACCAGGAAAAAAUAACGGUUUCCCUUAUGCAAGCGUCCAUUUCUACCAGAUCAGACUGCAUCCAACUCGGAGUCAUGACCAGGGAGGAGCUUCCCGUCCAGUACGAGCGUAGCGUUUGCGCGGCCAGUGACACCAACAAGACGUACGAGCGCAUACUGAGGUGUUGCCAUGGCUACCACAACCCCUGUGUGGUGGAGUACUUGCUGGAGAAAAUUGGCGUCAGUGACGUCCAUCCUCCGUCGAUGAUGAGAGGCCUUCAGAGCAAACUGUUUGAAAAGGACGAUUUUGCCGCUGUCAUCCGGAAGCAGCAAUCUGCAUCCUGGGCCUUGAAAUGUGUUAAGGUGGGCGUGGACCACUUCAAGCAGGGUCGCCAUGUGGAAGCCAUGAACGAGUACAACAAAGCUUUGGACAUUGACACCAAUAAUGUGGAAGCCCUGGUCGCACGCGGAGCUCUGUAUGCCAAUAAAGGCGUCAUCAUGAAGGCCAUAUCAGAUUUUGAAUUGGCCCUGGACACCUGUGCGGAUCACCGCAAUGCCAAGAAGUACCUCUGCCAAACACUGGUUGAGAGAGGAAAACAACUUGAGGAGCAAGAGAAGCUGGUGACAGCGGAAGGAGUGUACCGAAGAGCGCUUUCCCUAGAUGACGCCAACACCGAAGCCCAGGAGGCCCUGAAAAAAAUCAUGCAGACCAUACAGAAUUCAAUUCGCCUGCGGGAAGAAGCGUUGGCGAAGGAAGUGGAGGAAAAAGCCAAAAGCAGUCAAAGCAGCGCUGAGAAAUUGCGUAAGAUCAUGAAAGACGAGAAGAGGAUGAAACGAAAACGAAAGAGAUCCAGCUCAUCUUCGUCAUCCUCUACCUCUGGCAAAUCCUCCACCUCGUCGUCAUCGUCCUCACGCCGGAGAGCCAAAAGAAAGAAAAAGAAAAAGCGCAAGUCGGCACGAGAAAGCAAGCGCCAUCGCGGCGGCAGGAGGAAGAGCGAAGAGGGUAAGCGUGCCAAAAAGCGCAAGGAGAAAGAGGACGAGGAGUCGGAGUGCUACUCGCCACCUCCCGAUACCGCCGCCACCUUUCUCCACCAGAAGCCCUGGGAGGCUUUCGAAGAGGGGGAGGUUGGCGCGGGGGGAGAGCCCAGCAGGAAGGCCAAAGAAGGUGAUGGUCUGAGAAUCUGUCUCUAUUCUUUGUCAUCGUCCUCCGAGGAGGACAAAUGCUCGUGGGCGUCGCGCGGGGGGAGCCAAAGAAAGGAAAACAGGAGCGUCAGUUCAGACCGAGAAGACGGGAAAAAUAAGAGCCGAGGCAACGAGCAACAAAGAACGACCGGUUGGCCCGAAAGAAACAGCUUGGACGAGAGGAAGCGCAGAGUUUCCUGCUCGUCGUCCGAGUCGGCCUUUUCCAGAAAAUCCUUUCAAAGCAAAGAUCUUUCCAGGCGCAAUUCCUUCCGAGGCGAUGACGACGAAAUGCAGGCGGAGAAUGGCGACACUAAGGCAAAAGUUGAAGCCAGUUGGAGCCGGUCCAGUGCAGCUGAAGUCCAAAGCGAGCAGGAGGAAGAGAUCUCUCUGCCCGAAGGGAAGUCCAAAAAAGACCUUCCGGCAAACCUCUUGCAAAUCUUUAACCAGAUCGCCAAGUUUCAGAAAGAGAAAGGCAUCGAACCCAAAAAGGGCGCAAGCUCCAUGUGAAAAUGGCAAAGUACCAGUGCACUGCACAACUCACAUGGAACGAAACCUUUUUUUUUUUUUUUUACGCAUACAUUCGAUAAUUGGUUCCCUGCAGUCUCUUUCAACACUUGGUGGAAGAGAGUAGCAUCAGAAAAAAAGAAGUUGAGCCAUUGAACGUUGCAUCGUCAUAGAGAGCAACACUUUAGAUGUAAUUUGGAAAGAUCAGAUUUGUGAAAAAUAUCAAACCAAGCUUUGAUGUGGGAAAAAAAAUGCAACAAUUGACAGGUCAAGGAAAGAUGGCGCCUGCCAAAGACGGCAAACGUGAAUGAACAAAACGUACACGGAACCUUUUAGCACCAACGGUGCCUUCGAGUUGGGCAAGUUUUGUGAUUCUGGAAAGAAAGUGAAAAGUUGUUUGUCCACAUGUGCUGAGUGGCAACCAGUUCAUAGUGUUUCUUCCCCGUCUAGUCAGCUGGGAUGCUUUAGAAAAAAAAUAAAAUUGCUGGGCUCACAUUGUGCAUUGUGAUGACAAGGUAACCAAUGUUGGGCCAUUUUGGUUGCCCCCAUCACCAACAAAUGGAGUGUAACCAUGUGAGUAAAGUCUAACAUGAGGAGCGAGACAUGAUGUCCUUGUUUGCUGAUAAAAUCAAAAACAUGUUCAAAUGUGUGCCAGGCGAGUUUUCCUAUUGAAAUGUCGGUCAGUCAGCAUAUGGAGAGCACCAGUCAAUGGUGCGCGCCAUAUGUGCUUCAUUAACCACUUGUAGUUUUUUUUUACUUCUCUAGAUGGCGCUCUCUGAUUGAAACAUUGCACUGACGCCGAAAGCCCUUGAUUUCAAUUAACAUUGCUAUCUAGAGGAGUCCCAAAAUAAAACAACUGUUUCAUAAAGUAAA